GUAAUGGACAAUCAUCGAAAUGUUAUCUAUACAAAUUCACCAAAAAACAUGUAUGCUGAGAAUAAACCGUUUAAAAAUAAAGUGAAAAAUAUGUUCAAAAAUUUACCAAAUGCUAAACAAAGGCAUACGUAUGGUAUGAGUCUGCAUAGCGGAUUUGGAAAUAUAUGGAAUAAUAUACAAUCUCUGCCAUUUAUAAAUAAGAUUGGAUCGCUGUUCACACCGAAGGUUCAUAGUGAAAUACCAAUUAAGAAUAAGAAGGAUAUGGAACCGGUGGUAAAAGAAAAUUCCUUACCACCACAUAUAACAAAUCUGGAAAUACCACCCACCCCAAAGAUUUUGGAUUCAACAAAUAUAAAACCAGAUACAAAAAGUAGAUCGAAUACAUCCAUGGAAGAGCAAUUUUAUUUAAGCAAUGUAUUAAGUAACAAUUCGCAAGAUUUUUAUAAAGAUUCGAGUUUGGAACCUGAAGGAUUUACGUCAGAAAAAAAUGAAAUAAAUCCAGGAAAGAUUUACGUAAAUGAAAACCAAAAUACAUCGAAUGAUGAUAAUAAUGAGCUGCCAGAAAGCAAUGACUUAACUGACGAUACAAAAGAGGCUUUUGUCAAUGAAAAUCAUAUAAAUUUAAGUAAUAAUAAAAAUAAAAUUGAUGAAGCUCCCAAAGACAACUUGCAGUCAGAUGUGGAUGAAAUAGACAUCAAUCCAAUUCCAAUAAAGACAAGUAUUGGCAAUAACGAACACCGUUCGUUUUAUGAGAAACUAAAAAACUCAUUCAAAAAUCUUUUAAAUAAGCUACCAUUCAAACGAAAUCCAUUGCGUGAAAAUAAUGUUAAGGAAAAUAUAGGAUCUAAAAAUGUUCCGACAACAUUGAACGAAAAUAAUUCAGGUACAUAUGGGAUGAGUUUAAAAAAUAAUGGAGGAUUUGUUUGGAAUGAUUUAGACUCCAAACAUGCCACACUCAUUAAUGUAGGUGAAACACCUUUGGUUGACACAAAAAAUCAUGAACCUACAGAACCAAAUGCAGACCCAACAGUCGUCCUAGCACAUUUUAAAGAUAAUAUUGUAAAGACAACAAGUUCAACUACCGCAACUAAUAUACAUGCAAACCAACAAAUUGAUUCAAUUGAAACAACUUCUCAUAUUCCUACCAAGACAGAAAAUACGUUUACGACAAAGAAUAUGGAAACAACUACCAUAUUAAAGUUUAAAACUACAAUAGGUAACAGUCAUAAAAUUACUGAAACCGAUUCCACUACUGCAAGUGAUAUAACAACACCCAAAUUAAUAACUACCACAGAUACCACACAGACUCACGUUUCAGAUACUUCAAAGACAACUGAUGCUGUUUUAACAACUACAGAAGUGAUAAAAACUACAGCCAAACAAUCUACUUUUAAUGACACCCAAAAUACUACAGAUAAUAGCGAUAUCACUACAACCGAAUAUGGACAUACCGUAGCAAAUAUAACUACUAUCGCUACUAAAGAAGCUAAUACGAAAAUUGCUAAUCCAAGCCAAGAUAUUACAACUCAAUCUUCAAGUACAAGUAUAGCCACUAUUGGACCCGAGGUGUCAAAAAAUAAUGAUAUUGAAAGUACCACGACUACAAGUUUAAAUAAAAACAGCGACGAAAUAUCAGUAUCGAAUGCUAAAAAUUCAACAGAAUCUUUAAAAAGUAAUGUGACUACGACGGAGAGUCCAAAAGUUAAUAAUAGCUCAAUAGAAGCUCAACAACAAUCAAAACAUUCUGAUGAUGUACCACAGAAAAACGACACAAAAAGUCAUUCAAAGGGAGAGUCCAUAAAAUCAGACUUAAAUAAAUUAUUGGAAAAGAAAGUGUUUUGGGACUGGCUCACCGCAUGGACAUCGGUCUAUUUUGAAGUUUUAGAUGAGAGUGUCAAGGAGCUAGUGAGAGAAGAAGUGGCUUUGGAAGUAAAAAAUCUAACCGAAUUAGUAAAGAAUAAACAUAACGACGAAGCUGGUGUAUCAACAACAACAUCGAUACCGGAAAUUAAUUCUACCAAAACAAACGAAAUAAGAAAAAGUCAAAACGACACACAUAACCAUAUAACAACAUCAAAACCAUCUGCCAACACAAACGAUAUUGAAACAAACGAAAGCAUAAAAUCUAAAAAUUAUAGCAGCGUCAACAUAGCUGGAGAUACUAUAAAUGGCAAAAGUGUUGAUGUUACCAACAUAUUUAUAUUUAUGAAUGACAACCAGAACAAUUCUUUAAAACCAAUAGUAAAUAAAUAUUUAAAAGAUGUAAACGACACUAAUAUGAAGAUUAGUGAAUCUACGGAGAACGUAGCCGUUAUUGUAACAUCUACAUCCAGAACACUUCUGUCCGAAAAAGACAAAGAAAAAACUUUGUCUGAAUCAAAUGAUACUUCUAGCAUAACCAAUAAUAGUCAUACAAUAGAAAAUAAUACAGACUCAAGUUUAAUAAUCUCUGUAACUACCACUUCUGACAAUUCUGCAUUUACAACAAAUAAAAUCCCAGCAACAGAAAACUCUACAAACAGUGACAGAACCACAGAAAGAAUAUUAACAACCAUACAACAACCAAACUUAGCAGUAACUAUCCCUUCGACACAAAUAACUUCCUUUGAGAAAUCUGAUUUUGUUACAUCAGAAAAUUUUAAUGCAUCUACAAUUUCUAACAACCUAGCUACAGAAAAGAUUUCAACAACUUUAACUACGAUUGAAAAAACAAGUACUAUUAAAUCAACUAGUGUAACUGAACCUUUAAUAACAACAAAAUCUACAAAUAUUUCUUUGGAAGUGACUACCUUAACUACUCCCUUGGAAAAUACCAUGACAACUGCUAAAAUAUCGCCGAUAAACACAGAAAGUCGUAUUGUUAAUGUAAAUACAACAAAAAUAACAACUCAACCGGUUUUUCCUAGCAGUCCUACUUCAGAAAAUAUUGAAGCAACUACCAUUUCUUCCAACCUAGCUACAGAAACGACAUCCACAACUUUAAGUACGAUUGAGAAAACAAGUACAAUUAAUUCAACCAGUGUAACUGAACCUUUGUUGACAACAAAAUCCGCUAAUAUUUCUACGGUAUUGACUACUUUAACUACUCCCCUGGAAAAUAUUAUGACAACUUCUGAAAUAUUACCGAUUACUACUGAAAAUGGUAUUGGAAAUUUAAAUACCACAAAAAUAACUACUCAAACGAUUAGUUCUAGCUCUACUAUGUCCACUACCGAAGCACUAAAAGCUGAUUCUAUCUUAACUACUACAACUACAGACAGUAGUACUACGCCCCUGAAUAAAAAGGAUUCUAAUCUAACAACUACAACAACUCCCGCACUACAUACUAACAAUAAUGAGCAAACUGCUACGCCAUUGCAUAACACAACCAAUUCAACAAUGUCUACAACAGAAGGAACGACCACAGUGAGUACAUCGUCUCUAGCUACUACAACAACCUCGUCAGAAACCAAAAUUGGAGUAAAUGUCACUACAGAUCCCUCUAUCGUUAACGGAACUUUAAUGAAUUCUAAAAUUAAAGAGACAAAUUCCAGCGAAAGCAAUAAAAAAGAUAUAAAUUUGACAACAGAAGUGACUACGAUGAAAGAAUCUAUAAAUAAUACCGAAACGCAAACAACAUCUUCUGAACCGCAACCAAACACUGAAAGAACUUUGGCAAACAACUCUACUAUCAACGAUUCUCUACCAAAUAUAACUACUGUUGUGCCCAACGCAAUGAAUAUAACAGAAUCUUAUACAGAUAGUAAGAAGACUCCAGAUACUAAGACGACAAAUGCAAUAACAGCAAAUGCUACCGAACCUACUACAAUAAGCACCACAGUACUAGAUAAAGCAAAUAAAAGUGAUACAAACAUAACUCCAAAUAAGAGAUGAAAAUAAUUUAAAAUAUGUUUAAUAUAGGCUAAGCUACAAACAGUUUUAAUAAAUAACUUAUUUUAAGACAUUCACCAUCAAACGGU